AUGUCGUCCCGUCUCCCUCCCACUCCAGCCAUGUCCGGCGAAUUCACCAUCAAAGACCAGCCCUGCGAUGCCACCGACGUCCUGGUCCUGCCGCCCGCGGCCCUGGACGCCGCCAGUAGUCGUCGGUCCUCGCGAUCAGACCCCACUUAUAUCCCUGCCUCGCCGGCGUCCCCGGAUCUCGUGGCUCGUGGGCGCAACAAUCAUCCUCCCAAGCGUCCCCUCGAGGACCUGGAUCUACCGCCACCCCCAACUCGCACUCGCAAGAUCAUUCAGAUGAAACCCAAGGCGGCCCCGACAUCAUCGUCAUCAUCAUCCAAGUCUCCAGUGAACAAAAAGGAGAAUGGAAAGGUGGCAGCAGCCCAGGCGCCAUCUGACGCCCCGGCUACUAAUGGCUCGACUACUUCCAAAAAGAAGCAGCCGAGUACCACCAGCGCGGCGGGUCGCAAGAUCGCCCGCAAAACGGCACACAGCCUGAUCGAGCGCCGGCGGCGGUCGAAGAUGAAUGAGGAGUUUGGCACGCUGAAGGAUAUGAUUCCCGCGUGUCGGGGACAGGAGAUGCACAAGCUGGCUAUUCUUCAGGUAUGUAUUGCCCAUCGUGUCGCUUUAGAUCCUUGCUGGUUAUCCCAUAUGCUCACCACCGUACAGGCAAGCAUUGACUACGUCAAUUACCUGGAACAAUGUAUCCAGGAUCUCAAGUCAGCAGACAAGUCUGCCACGCCUCCCUCGCCGACCUCCCCCGAGUUCGCUGGCGAAGCCAAUGCAGACUCGAUGCAGCAUACCACCUUCUACCACCACUCAGCUCCCUCUGUCUACUCUUUCUCCGCCUCCGCAUCUGUAUCUGCAUCUCCCGAACUGGCCCCGCCAUCGGGCCAGUUCUACGACACAUCGCCAUCCUUCUCCCCUCGCACGAGUGUCCCCUCGGCGCCGGCUCUGCCAGAUGCACCAUCCGUGCUCCCGAGCCCGGCAUUGGGUCCGACACAAACGUCAAAUAUGGAUAUUGACCAUGAGGCAUCCGCGGCGUUGCUGAUGUUGACGCGGGACCGGAGAGGCACGGCCGAUUCGAUUAGUGAUCGCUUCUCUGGGAGCACGGUGCUUUCGACUUCGAGCCAGAGUCAGGACAAGAUGAUGGAGGAUCAUCGGAGUAGUAGGGGGAUGAGUGUGCGGGAUCUUCUCUUAUGA